AUGAUGUCCAGAAGCCAGUCGAGUCUGGGAUACUUGGAUGCUGCCCAGGAUCCCUCGGCGCAAGGCAUCUCCCCGUCUUUCCAGCAGCAAUCCUCCUCAGGCCCGAUCAACCUGUCUGGUCUGGUGUGUAAUGUGCGCCGAACAACCGGCAAGGAGCCUCACCCCCUGGUGGGCGCGACCACAACUAUCUUGGGCGACAAAUUAUACGUUUUUGGAGGCCGGAUUCUCUCUCGCAGUCGCCCACAACUCACAUCCGAUCUGUACGAACUGGACUUGAUUCGACGACACUGGACUAAGAUCGAGCCGACCGGUGAUGUCCCUCCAGCACGGUAUUUCCAUAGUGUAUGUGCGCUGGGUGAUAAUAAGCUGGUCUGCUAUGGAGGCAUGUCGCCUGCGCCGAGUACGCCCAAGGAUCCAUCCAAUCCUGGCGCUUCUGGGUCGGAAUCCCAGUCCGAAGUGGUGGUUAUGUCAGAUAUUCAUAUCUUCGACGUCCCUUCGCGGACAUGGACUCGGGUCGCGGCUCACGAGUCGCCGCAAGGACGAUAUGCACACUGCGCUACGAUCCUACCAUCUACGGCCUCGUUUACUUCGGCUAGUGCGCCGUUGUCAGCUAUCCACCACAACCCAGAGUCUACUACGCCGCACCAAGGCAGCAUUGGAGUCGAUAUUGAUGGGUUCGGUGGAGCGGAGAUGGUCGUUGUCGGUGGCCAAGACAGUUCCAACCAUUAUAUUGAACAGAUUAGUGUGUUCAAUCUUCGCAGUCUCAAGUGGACCAACACUAGUCCACUGGGACGCAGCUGUGGCGCAUAUCGUAGCGUGGUUGCACCCCUAGUUGGCAUGGACGUCUCGGAGGUAGGCUCAGCUGCGCCUGACCGUGAGACUCACGAGCCGAUCGAGGUAACCGAGUCACCUGGCUGUCCUAUGCUGAUCUACUCCAACUACAACUUCCUUGAUGUCAAAUUGGAGCUGCAGGUGCGCCUGCCGGACGGGCGCCUUGUCGAGCGACCGAUGCAGAGCCAGGCUUCUCCCCCGGGCUGCGCUUCCCCAACGCAGGAAUACGCACUCUGGGCUCUGGACCUCAAGACCUUGACCUGGGGACGUAUCGAUGCCGGUGGAUCAGUCUUUGGCCAUGGUAGCUGGAAUCGCGGUAUUCUCUGGCCACGCCGCAGCGCCUUUGUCAUUCUCGGACAUCGGAAGCGAAGCCUCGUCGAUGACUAUAAUCACCGGCGAAUCAACUUCUCGCACAUUUGCUUGGUUGAACUCGAGGCCUUUGGGCUGUAUAACAAUCCCUCACGGACUGCGUCUACGUCAGGAUAUAAAUCUUAUAGUUCCCCCUCAGUUCCUGCAUCUUUACAACAGAAGCUAUCCCAAUUGACGACUAGUGGCCGGCCUCUGUCCGCAACGUCGGAUGAAUUAGGCAAGCUGGCACUUUCAUUACAUGAAAUGUCAGAUAUGGAGCUACAGGCCGUGGGCGGAGAACGUAUUCCCGUGAACUCCCGUGUCCUGGCUCGCCGUUGGGGUCCAUACUUUAUCCAACUCCUUCGCGAGUCUUCUGAUGGCGGUGUUGCAGAGGCCGCCACCCUUCGUCCGGCUCUAAUGCAUCCUAGUCGAAACUCAAGCAUCACCAUUACCCCUUCAGUUGGACACAACAGCACCUACUCCAAUGCGACGACAUUAGUCAACCCUACUGUCCCCUCCAAAGCACUUCUCGAGAACUUGGAGGCUCCCUCUGCCCAUAGCCUCGCGCCAACCUCGCGGCCGCGUGUGCUCUACCUUCCCCACACUAUCCUUACCCUCCAAGUGCUAGUCCAGUACCUCUAUACCUCAGCCCUCCCUCCCCCGGGCUCCUCCCUAUGCACUCCCCAAAUUCUCUGCUCCCUCCUCCAACUCGCUCGCCCAUACCAGAUAGACGGUCUACUGGAAGCGACUGUGGAACGUCUGCACCAAGUCCUUGACGGACGCAAUGCCGCAGCUGUCUUCAACGCUGCCGCCAUGGCCGCAGGCGGAGGUCGUGGCACUGGCUUCACCGGCGGUCUAGGUGGCACGCUGGAAGCCCUGAACGGAGCUCACAGCACCCGCAACGGCACUAUCCCCGGGAUGUCAGAGGGCGGCACAAACUCCCAACAGAGCGUGCUCCUAGCCUCCGAUUCCUCUGAUACAGAGCACGGUGGUAUCACCGCCCCAUCAGCUUCCAGCAGCGCCAACGACCUGACAAAUCCCUCUCGCGGGCUGCCAGCACUGCGCAUCGACACAAACCUGUCGCAGCCACGCAACCGCCAGCGUGGCCACCGCGAUCGCGAAGAUUCGAUCAGCAACCCUAGCACGGCAACGUCCGCGUCCAGCGCUAGCUUCAGCCAAUCCGACUCGGAGUUCGUCAGUGACAGCGAGAGCCGAUCAGCGUCCCGCGCACACCACCGCCGCGACACGGAUGCGGAGCUCCGUCCACAGCGCGAGAUUUGGACCGGCGAUUUGAGCAGCGUUAUCGGUUUGCAGAAGCGUGGCUUGCGCGGUCUGAUGGAGGGGCGGAGGAUGCGUGAGCGUAGCGCGAAACCGCCCAGCAUUAGCAGUGGUUCGACAUCCGUGCCUCCGUCCGCGGGGUCAGAUCACCAUCUGCCCAUGCAGGGGGUAGCUGGUUGA